GAGAUGCUAUUUCCAGUCCCGUACCAACAAUAAGGACUAAAGUCGCGUGACGAAACUGGUUCUCUUUUCAUACUGUAACAUGUAGUGUCGGGCGAACAGGUGAGAACCUGGUCACGGGGAAGAAUUGUCCGCGCCCCUGCAUUAUCGAUGUUUUUUCUGAACAACCAACGACUUUGGUCUCCGAGCACUGUGUCUGUGAGUUUCACUUGUUUGUUGUGGCUUUGGAAAGAGGUUUGCCAGACGGUUAAGAGAACAGACCUGUAGGGCGGGACCGUCUUCCAGACGUCUGUUCAUGCUGCUCAGAACCCGUUCGUUGUUCGCACUGAGUCUUUGUGCUCCUUGUCUUAAAACUGCUUCAUCCGUUCUCUAAUUCGAAAUCCAAAAGAGAUCGCUUUAAUUCGACUUCUUAGUCGGACAGACCUCGGCCCUAGAAGACAUCCCUACUCCUUGUGGGCUUGUAACCACGUCAAAAGAAUCUCUGUCGCGUUCGCUGGAGAUUCCUUCUCGGCCUUCUAACAGUGGAAUCUUGCUGCGUCCCCUUGAGAGAGAGUAAAACCCGUGUCGUAACUGAAAUGUUCUCCUAAACAGGUUCAUGCCUUCGUCCAGCUGACACCUUGAAUCCCCGUUGCUCCCCACGACGUAUCGGCUUACCACAUUUAAAACCCACGGCUUCCGCAAAACCAUAUUUCUUUGAGAGAAGGCCGUCGCCAUUUGGUUCGGAAGACAGGAAAUCGUUCACUGGUGUCUCGCGAACGCAAGAGAGGCUGGAACGCCGGAAAAGCAGCAGCGUACGUGAAGACGGGCACAAACCCCCUUUCCGCGUGAAGUUUCAAUUGAAGCUUUUGACAGCGAAACUUUACCAUGGCUCCGCCUGCAGUAACGCAGUCGCCGGGCCAAAGGGCCGGAGGCUCGGGAGGGAGACGGGUGGUCACCGCCCCUACGGCUGCUGGUGACGUCCCUCCGAAUCAGACUCUGUACUGCAACAACUUGAAUGAUAAACUGCACAAGCAAGACCUGCAGGCGUGUCUGUACGAGUUCUUCUCUGCCUACGGUCUGGUCCUAGAGGUUGUCGUCCGCGGAACCAACAUGCGGGGGCAAGCGUUUGUCGUCUUCGCGGAUCUCGGCUCCGCAACAGCCGCCCUUCGAGCGGCACAGGGCAAAGACUUCCUCGGGAAGCCACUUCGACUCCAGUAUGCAAAAACCAAGUCCGACGCCAUUCUCAAAUUGAAUGAUCAGUUCAAGCCCCGGAAACCGAAUGCCCCGAGAAACAAGGUCGAUGCCGGAGCGGGGUCCGCUACGAAGGCAAAGGACGGGAAGGCUACGGGUGAGACUGGUCAGUUUUCUCUGUUUAUUGAGAAUCUGCCUCCGAAGGCAACGAAGACAUCCCUGGAUAUAUUGUUCGGUCAGUAUCGGGGACACACGGAGUCGCGACUCAUUGAAGGCCGAGGCGUGGCAUUCGUUGACUUCAGCACGCAAGCACAGGCGGCAGUGGCCAUGCAAGGCAUGCAAGGCUUUAAAGUAGACCCCAGCCACCCGAUCAAGAUCUCGAUGGUUGAGAAAUAAAAGUCAGACUCCGCAUCUAACGGAUCUCGCUUUCGAAUUUCAUCCUCAGGACCGCGUUAUGGGCUCUCCCCUAUAUUCUCUUGUCAUCCUUUUAUUGCUGUACGGACUUAAGUGCCUUCACUGGUUUAUUUUGAAACGCUCCAAUCUCUCAUUUUUGCAGCAUUGCUAAGGUUCCUUAAACUAUUUUCCUAUCAAUAAGAAUCCAUGACGUGUGAAAAAGUAUGGAUUCAAUCGAAAGCGACGGGUGAGUAGACCGUCCCGAUGUAGCGUUCAUUCUGACGGAGUCUUAAAUACCGGUGCCACCUCGUACAGAGAGUUGAGUUAUUGUACAAGUAGUGCUGCUGAGUGUUGCUCAAGUCUGGUCAGUGGAACCCCUGUACCUUUCGGUGUACACUGCGCAUAUACUUGUCAGGUGGCGCCUCGCAGUGCAUCUAGCUCGGCUAGCCGACAAACCUCUUAGAGUGAGGUUUGCUCGCCGAGUGAUCUUCAACUGAGAAAACAGCAGUAAAGAGUUCAAGAGGG